GUUUGUAUUUCAUGGAUGUCGCGGGUGGUUCGCGCGUUCGCUCCGUUGUCCCGGUGUUUGGAAUUGAAUGUUUUUGAAACGGCGAUCGAGUAUUGUGCCGGUACAUUUUAUAUAAUAUAAAUAAUUUAAAUAAAUAUAAUAACGUUGUCAAACGGUGUUUAAGUGCGUGAGAUCCUUAAUAUCAACUGAUCUUUGCAAGAUUUUCUUGCCUCCCACAGAGGCGCAACAGUUGUUUCGGAAUAAGAUUCUUGCCAGCCCGCGUCUCGCUUCGUCUCCCAUCUGAAAAUAAGAAACCCAAAAAACACGGAAAGAAACGAGCUUAGAUUCUAACGAGAUCAGCACGCCAGUUGGUAACUCUGCCCCAAUUGGUCCAAUUUGAAUGCUGUACGAGGCACCAACAAGAGCCGGCGAAGAUCGCUUAAGUAAUUCCAAAAGACCACCAACAAAAGAAGUUCAAACAAUGUAACGACAACUUAAACGAUCUAAACACAAUCGAAAGGCGGAAAAUUAUUGUUAAAGCCCAAAAAUAAAACUGAACAGACCUCCAAGAAAAACACUCCAGCAAAAUCAGCAUGUCUUCCGGCCUGAUGUCGUGUGUAAGGGAAAACUCGCCGCCGCUGGAAUCGGAGUUGGAUGCCACUUGUGCUGGGGGACCAUUGUCAUUGCCGGAGGGCAAUCAUGCCCAUGGCCAUGCCGUCACCUCAACGCCCAUCUCCAGUCCAGGAAACGAUGCCCACCAACAGACCCCAACUGCCGAGCAACAAAAUCAGCAACAGCAAAAGCGUCGCCGUUUUCAUCCGCUCCGUAAUCUGCGUCGAAUUUUCCGGCGACGUACCAUCAACAGCUCUGCGGACAGUCCCACAGCCAGUCAGUCGCCAGGACCUGGAUCCUGCAACACCUUGCCACCGCCCGCAAGUAGCAGCAGUGAAAAGAAUCUACGCAGCGGGAUAAUAGGCUCACCACCGGGAUCUCCACUGAAUAACCAACAGCUGAAGGACAACUAUCAAACCCAAUCGUUGCCCAAGUCCAAGUCAUACGGCUCGCAUCGCGAUGAGCUGCUAAGCGUGCUCCUUGGCAAAAAGCGAGCCAGCAAACAGGAUCAUAGCCAGAGCGGAAGUCAAGUCCAGUCACAAACCCAGUCGCAAACCCAACAGGAAGCCAUGUUCCAAGCCCAGCGACAACAUGGGGGCGUGGCCGUCUUCCCAGAUUCGAUUGGUUUAAACAGGAGUAGCUACUUUACCGAGCAGCGAAUUCAACAACGUCAUCAGCGCAGUGUGGGUGACUCUUCGCAAGAACUUGAAUCUGGUUCGGGUUCAGGUUCGGGAUCAGGACCUAAUGGAGCCGCCGACAUCUCAGACAGCCAGCGCAGCCUGAGCGAGGGUCGUCUGCUGGAUGUGGACGGGGAUUACUCUAGAGAUGCCUUGUCUCAGUCACAUGACAGCGUCUUCUCGGAAUCGGCAACAGCCAGCAGUCUUUCUAUUGUCCUCAAGGCGGAACUCACAGAUGUCUUGCGCAAGCGUCGUAAUAGACCCGAUGCCUCCGAUGAGGAUUUGGGUCUGCCCCGCAGUCCGGCCUCUCCACAACGCCGGGCAGCGGGUGGUAGUAGCAGCCGGAACACCUCCGGUGUAAGUCACCAGAUCAGGGGUCAUCAUAGCGAGGUAUCUUCGCUCAGCCUGUUGAGUGUUAACAGUGCCGAGGCGGAGACAGAAGAUAGCCAGAGCUCCCAUCACCAUCGUCACCACUCACGGGUGUCCACCAGUUCAUCCAUCUCGGUGGGUUCGGAUAUACUGCGAUCCCAUCACGAGGACGAUGUGGAUGCCGUCGGUGGAGAACGCCAUCGCCUGUCACAUGCAGCAGCCAAGCACAAAAUGGCCAUUAGGCCUGUCAAAAAGAAGGGGCCAACCAGGCAGCACCGGAUGACAUUGGAGACUUCCAUUCCGGAGGCUAAUGAAGAUGUGCUGAAAAUGAGUCCUGGAUUAAGAGCUGUCCAUGAAGCGGACCUCAAGAGCAAGACUCGAUCUUUGCCACCGAAGACUCUGACUGCCAUUGCGCCACCAGUCCAGGUGAACGCCGCCAGCUCGGUAACCACCAAGCGAACGAAGACAAUCGAGCAGAGCUCCACCAUCACUACAAAGACCACGAGCUCAUCGUCAUCUUCCUCCACAACACAGAUGUUCGGACUUAGAGGUCUGAACACCAAGACCAACACGUUGCUGGAGAAUCGCGGAGAGUCUUCCACAGAUAUCGAUGACUUCCUGGCCAACGAGCGGGAAAGGGAGAAUGAGAGUGGCUUCCUACGCCGCCUGAUUCACCGCAACUCAAAGAGAUCCAUAGCCAGGGCUAACGACGGAGUUGAGGAUACGGAUUCCAGCCAGAGUGUGGCCAAGAAGUUGCAGAUUUCGACUUCCUGUUUAGAGGCUGCUUCUCGGGAACCCCUAGUAGUGCCUGAUAAGUCACGCAGUGCCACCUCCCAUGAACAGCACAUUCAGGAGACUCGACAGACGAUCAAGCGGGAGAUUCACAACGAGGGCAAGCACGGACUAAACGCCAUGGUCAGUAACUACGGUGUUCAUCCACAUCCGCCCACAGCAUUGAAACCCAAGUCAGGUCCUGCUGCCAGGCAGCGUUACCUUCCCAAAGAACUGGGAGCUCCUCCGCCGGAAAAGAUCUCAUCGGGCAACGAUGUUACUAACUUGCUGUCAAAGAGCUCGCGGGGCAACGACACCUUCCAGUCCACCACUUUGGUCCGGGAACAGCAGACCAAAGUGGAGACCUCGACACAUUUCGAGAGGAAACCAAGGAUUGUGGGUCUGAGUGCCUUCCAGCAGAAGCUAUCGCGUUCCAGUGACUCAGUGGGCCAGCACUCCAGCUCCUCCAACUCGUUGGAGACCAGCACGGAUGAGCCCUCGCCACUGUACUACGAGGAGAAGCAGCGCAAGACGGUGGAGAAGUCGCGCAGCUUCAGGAACUACGAGGAUGAGGUCGUGGACACCACAGCCGUGCACAAUAACAUGCCGAGUUUGCCGGAUCUUUCGCUUAGUUUCCGGGUGCCAGCCUAUUACAAGCAGUCGCCUCAAUCUCCACGCUCACCCAUUUCCCCUAAUGCCAAGUGCGUGUCCCUGGGAUUCGAGAUCAACGAUAACAAAGUGCUGCAGACUCGAGCUGAGUCCACCGGUCAGUUGCCGUCGGUGGCGAAGACUUCACCACAGAAGGCCACCCCCACAAAGGUAAUAGUCAGCAGUCCAGGUCCUGCGAAUAUCUCCCAGGUCGAGCAGAAUAUGGAUCUGGUCGUCAAGUCACCCAUGGUGAGCGUUCUAAGGAAAUCUGGAAAUGUGACGGAGAAGUUGCCCAAGGAGCCAUCUACUCCGCCCAAACAGCGGCCCAAGUUGCUGGAUUUGGGAGCAAAGACCACAGCUCCCGCAGCGAAUCCAAGUCCCAGUCCUGCGAGUCCUUUGACCAAGAGUGCCAAGCUCUCGAACAGUCCACCAACCACUCCGGCCAAGGGGCAGGGCUCCUCCAACAGCAGCCGUCGAAACUCCAGCAAUGUGGAGGUUACUGGCGAGCCGGAGUUCAUGAAGAUCCAACUGAACCGCGUGGAUCAGGCCCGUCUUCACAACAAAACCAAUCACUUGGUGCUGGCCAAGAAUCUGAAGACGCCAACGGAAAGGAGUCAGAGCAGCGAUGACCUCAGCUUCAGGCGAAACAGCGGCGACAAUCUGGCGGGUAUCGAGAUUGUGGAGCACCCACAGAUAAAACCUCUAGGUCCGGUGGUCAGGCCAACGACAGUGGAACCCAGUUUAGGCAGGCAAUUGAAAUCCGUGAGUGCCAAUAGUGUGAGGACGAGUUAUGGAAGUAGCAGUGAAGGAUUGGCCAUCCCCGUAUCUCCUGCCACCACACCAAGUACACCCAAAAGCAAUGGGUUGUCCAAGGGUAUUCCCAGUACCCCAAGGAAUGUAAAGGAAGUGAAGGAGCAGCCAGUCAGUCCGAGGGAGUCCGUGAAAAAUAAUCGCCUUUCGCUGGAGGAUCGCAAGCGGUUGUUCCUCAGCGAAGAGCGAUCGAAGCCGGUGGAGCAGCGCAGGAAGUCUAUUACCAAAGCAGAGAGCACUGCACCACCCACUCCGUCGGUGAUUCCAGCAACGCCCGCCAUUCCAAUCACUCCGAUCACUCCCACCACACCCGAGAUAAGCGAGGUCAAUGGAAACAGUUCACCCACUUCCAAUCCCGUCGUGCUGCGCAAGAAAUCCUUUGCCAGCUGCAAUGGCAAUGCCAGUCCCUCUAAGGAUGAUCCCACGCCCGAGCUGAUGAAGGUUUUUGCCCGCCGCUCGCUGAAGGUGAAGGAUGACGAUGUGGUUACACAGCCACCAGUGCAACCUCCAACUCCAGUGACUACCAGCAAAAAGCUACCAUCGAGUGGAAGUGGAGCUCAGAGCGUGGACAGUGACAAGGAGAAUCAGUCGAACAGCGAAGAGAAACUGGACAAGCUGGCUACCAAGAACGAGACACAGGUUACCCAUCAUCCCAACAGCAAUCGCAAUUCGGUGGCAGACUUCCGCAAUCUCAACAAUAACAACAACAAUCAGCAGCAGCAACAACAGAAGGUACCCCCCAAGGUGGUCACCUAUCUGCCCCCCAUUAAAGUGAGCAAUCAAGGACGCAACAGCCUGAAUAACAAUAUCAGCAAUAAUAAUGCAAGUGCAAAGCCCGCCACCGAAAGGUUUUCCCUGCAACUGAAGCAGGCCAACCCGACAGCAACUACUCCAACGUCUCCGGCAGCAGCAACACCUGUUUCAGUCCCUGCAGCAACAUCUGCAGCAGCAGCAGGAACGCAGCCACCCAGUAAACCCAUCGAGAGAUCAGCAACUGUGGGUGAAUUCAAGGGAAUCCACCAGAGACGCGCCGAGUGGGAGCAAAGGGCCAAGGAGGCAUUGAAGUAAAAAGGUUUUGGAAUUACCCAGACCAGACUGUACCUAGCCUAGCUGCAAUCCAAGUGCUUUUGUCUAGUGAUGCUCUCUCCUUCAAGCUGUCGAAAGCCUUUUGGGAGGCAACAAAAUUACUAAGGGAAUAAUAAUCAAAUUAUCAUUAUAAACAUUAGCUAAAAAAAACUGUAAAGAAUCGCAAAUGAAAUCAAAGUUGAGGGCGCCGGACUGGCGAGGUCAUCCAAAGAAAAUAGCGACCUUCUAGCGUCCGGCACCCAAAAAACAAACACUAUAGGCAAUAACUAUAUACUGAUCUUCAAAAAGUGACUAGCGUAUACUUAUUUUUAGUCUAUCCCCCGUAAUAUCGUUUACAAAUUGAAAAAUAAGCUUCUUUUCGAAUUUGUUUUGUGCAUGUCAAGAAAUGUUAUUAAAUAAACACAAAUACAACUAACUCUUAAAUGAAUCAAAAAACAAAAAAAAAAGAAAGAAAACUUUAAGGACUGUGAGUAUAAUUACGCGUAGCAAGGAGCCUGAUAUUCGAAACACAUCUGAUUUAACUUAAGUUGAUAUUUUGCAAGCUUUUAAUCGGUAGAAGAGAAUGAUUUUACUUUAUAGGCUAACUAUUCUUACAUUUUAGUAUCGUAUAUAUUGUUUCCAUGACCUUGUUUAUGUAUAAUCUUUAAAGUCUGCUGAGAUUACAGAUCCGUAUAUGUAUAUGUUGUAACGAAUGGAAAUUCAAUCAUAUUCACACCCAAGUGUAUUUAAAACAUUGCGAGUGUACAAUUGUUGUUCAAUGUGACAAUUUUAUAAAUGUACAUACAACAAAUAAAAUCGAACUAAUAAAUAUUCAAGAAAAAAA